AUGAUUCACAUUACAAAAUUGUCCACCUUUUCUCCAAUAAUUGACACUCGCUAUAAAAAAUACAAGGAAGCAAUAGUUGCGUUCAAGGCAUCUGCUGAAUCUGCUUUUGGGCUUCUUUAUGAUCGUCUUCUACCUUCAUGGGUUGAUGAACCACGCAACAGUAACUGUUGUGAAUGGAAGAAUGUGACUUGUAAUUCCAGUACAGGUCAUGUCAUCCAUCUCUCCCUCUACAAUAUACGGGAAUAUAGUACAAGUAAAGUCCCUUUUUAUGAGGGAAAAAACAUGGAUAUGUAUCUCAACAUGUCUCUUUUCCACCAUUUUAAGGAGCUUACAAGUCUAAAUUUAUCCUCUAAUGAGAUUCGUGGUUUUGUUGACAAAGAAGCUGUGGAAAAAUUGUCAAAUUUGAAGAAACUACAGGUUUUAGACCUCAGUGAUAAUUACUUCGACGCAAGCAUAAUGUCAUGGGUAACUACUCUUACAUGGGUCGAAAUAUUAAAUCUGAAACGAAAUAGUAUGGAAGGUUCCUUCCCUAGUCACGAUCUAGCUAACUUGCAAAACUUGAAAAUAUUGGAUCUAAGUAACAAUCAAUUGAAUGGCACACUACAAAAGCAAGAUUUUUUAACUCUUAAACGUCUGGAGGUUUUAGAUUUGAGUUGGAAUAACUUCAAUAGCACUAUUCCUCCAUAUACGUGGGCACCUCCUUCUCUUCGAGCAUUGUCUUUAAGUUUUAACAACUUUGGUGGCUCCUUGUCAAGUUUGUGCAGCCAGAAGAAUCUUGAAGAAUUAGACCUGCGAUCGAAUAUGUUUGGAGGCCAUCUUCCUAGUUGUUUAUAUGAUUUGACGUCUCUUAGAUACUUAGAUCUAUCCAAUAACCAUGUCAGAGGGCCCAUUCCUUCAUCUUUGUCUAGUCUCAAAUCCCUCAAGUACAUUAAUCUUGAACAGAAUCUGCUUGAAGGAUUCUUCUCUUUCAGCUCAUUUGCUAACCAUUCCAGCCUUGAGCUUGUCAACUUCAGUGACAACAAAAUUGAGGUUGAGACGAGAUAUCCUGGUUGGGUUCCACCAUUUCAGUUAAAGGUUCUUGUCCUGCGAAAUUGUCAUCUCCCUCGUCUUCCUGAGUUUCUUUAUCAUCAGUUUAGAUUGAAAAAGAUCGACUUGUCUAACAACAGAAUACAAGGAAGGUUUCCCAUUUGGUUGCUUUACAACAAUACAGAGCUAGACCAAAUAACCUUUAAAAAUAAUAGCUUCAAGGGUCAACUUCAUCUACCUGCAAACUCCAGCUUCAAUAUUUCUGAUUUGGAUGUCUCAGACAAUCACUUUUAUGGACAGCUUCUAGAUAUUGGCGAAAAGAUAUUUCCCAACCUCCAGUUUCUCAAUUUAUCAAAAAAUCAUUUUCGGGGUGAUUUCCUUUUCUCACCUGGUGACGACUGUAAAUUGAGAAACUUGGAUUUGUCUUUUAACAACUUCUCAGGUGAAGUACCACAGAAAGUGAUUUCAAGUUGCACUUAUUUGGAAACUCUAAAGCUAUCUCAUAAUAACUUUCAUGGCAAAAUAUUCACAGCUCAAUUUAACCUUACUUUGUUAUGGUCCUUGCAUCUGAAUGACAACAAAUUCGUGGGAACAUUAUCAAGUUCUUUGAUGUCCCAGUUUGUUACACUAUCAGUAUUAGACCUUAGUAACAACAGAAUUCAUGGUGAAGUUCCAGGCUCCAUAAACAACAGUAAAAUUUUGUAUUACGUAAACCUCUCUCAUAACUUUUUUAAAGGUCAAAUACCAUGUGAAGUUUUUUCAGCUACCUACGUGGACCUUUCAUAUAACAACUUUUCUGGAUCAUUACCUUCUUGUUUCAACCAGAGGCAUUCAGGUGUUGGAGAAACGUUGUUUAUAAAUUUGGAAGGUAACAGGUUAACUGGAUCCAUACCAGAUGAUUUUCUCAAUGCAUCAAGCCUACUGACUUUGAACUUGAAAGAUAACAGACUCUCAGGCAGCAUUCCCAAUAACUUUGGUUCAUUUCCAAACUUACAGGCUCUUCUAUUGGGGGGAAACUAUUUAAAUGGUUUCAUUCCGAGUUGGCUGUGCGAACUAAAUGAAGUCAGCUUAUUAGAUCUUUCAAGAAACUCUUUUUCUGAACUAUUUAAAUGGUUUCAUUCCGAGUUGGCUGUGCGAACUAAAUGA